UCUGUGGAUCCACCCAGUCACAUGGAAUAAAAGGGAGGGCCAAGGAGGAGGAGGAAUCAGAGAGUUGUAGGACUAAAACAGUCCCUCCAUUACAUUGUAAGACAUACAGGAAAUACCUGAAAUAUCUGUCUCCGGUCAAAACUCUGGUUUUGAAAAAAAUCUCUCAGUUUGACUGUGUUUCUAAUUGCCUCACUCGGUACCAGGCAGCUCCAGGAAAAAGGUUAAGAUUUCUGAAGAUGGAAAAAGGAUACCCACCAGAGGAUUCGGCUCCACCAUACCCUGGGCCACCUAUAAACUACGGGGGUGCCAUGCAGCAGCCAGGGAUGUACCCUCAGCCGGGCUUCUCCCCUGCAGCGCCUCCACCUGUUUACCAGGGAGGUGCUCCUUAUGCUCCGCCCCCGGCUGCACCUGUCACAACAGUGACUCACAUGAUAGUAACGCCUGCACUACAUGAUGUCCCGGGACAAACUUUGUGUCCCCACUGCCAGCAGACAGUCAUCACCAAGACAGAACACACAGUAGGCCUGAUGACCUUGGCCAUCUGUGGUGGCCUCACCCUCUUUGGGUUUUUUCUGUGCUGUUUUAUCCCGUUCUGUGUUGAUUCCUGCAAAGAUGUGGAGCACCGCUGUCCUAACUGCAACAAAGUCAUCUACAUAUACAAGCGAAUGUGAAAGUGACUCUGAAUAAAGACCUCAAUGCUUAUCUGUAGCCUUAACUUGCUCUACAACAUCUUUUUAUACUGAUUAAAAUUAUGAUAUUAAAUGCACCUAUACUGAAAUUCUCACUGUCAUUUUAGAACAGUUUUACGUUAUAAUUUCAAUGCUAAUCAAAUAGAGGAUGAGGCAUCACACUGUGGACAUUACUGUAUAUUCAGCAAGCAUUUGUAGUUCAUUAAACAAGGGAUAUAAAUGCCAAUAAAAAAACUUUUUUUAUUUCA